AGCCUUUCAUUUCACUGUAUUUGGGGUUCUUCCAUCAGUAGAGACUAGAGAGUAAAGGGAAAAGAGAAAAUCCAUGGAAGCCCCUAAAUCUGCGCCACCCCAAAGCCAAAAUCUUCCUCCUUCUCAGCCACCCAUGAACAGAAAGAGGCCACUUGACAUCUCCAAGUCACAAAAUUCCCCUUACAACAAGAUGAGACUCAUUGUUAAAGAUCUUCGACCCCAUGUUAUCGAGGUUCUCCGUACUCCUGACUUCCGCAAUUGCAAGGCUGCUACUGAAAUCCGUCAACAGUUGAAUCUCCUGAUAGAUCUUUACAAGGAGGUGAUGGAAGAAACAGUAAACCCAGAGGUGGCUAAGGAUGCAUCCGGAGCCCAGAAUUCUUCAGUGGAUAUCAUGGAUGAAGAUAAGCCUAGUGAGCAACAGAACGACAUGAAACCUCCUCCCGAGAGUGGGGCCUCUGUGAAGCCUGAAGGCAAUUCAUCUGAGAAACAGGAAGCUGAAGAUGAUGCGGUCCAAGGGACAGGCACAUAUGUCGUAGGAGGUUCAGCAUUUGGCUGGAACUUCAUAACAUACACCAGCGGGAAGGCCAUCUAUUAUGGACGAACCAAAGAGUCCUUCCGAUCUUCAUAUGUUAAAUCUGAAUGAAGUAAAGUUCAAUUUUACUCUCUAUUUUAGGGAUUAGAAUUGCUUGAUGUGUGUACUAUUAUAGAUUCGGAUGUUUGGUUAGUUUUACGACCUCUUUUCCACCCUCCUCUAUCUUGUAUGUAUCGCGACUAUUGAGUAUAACUGCUUGCAUCGUCUAAAACUCUUAAAAUUUCUACCAGGAUCCACCUAUGUACUUGACAGACAAUCUCUUUAUUUGAGCAUGACAUAACAUGUGAAGAAACCUACAUAUCUAUAGCAAUCUCUUUAAGGUGUA